GAGCAGCAUACGAGCGAUGCGAAGGACGAAGAGGAAUCCGCCAGGCUUUGGGUGAAGAUAGCAGUGUGGGCUAGUCUUAUAUUAAACAUUGCCCUGUGUGCCAUUCAGAUGCAUGCGGCCAUCUCUUCUAUGUCCUUAUCCCUUCUCGCAACCGGCCUCGACUCUGUCUUCGAUAUUGGUAGCAAUGUCAUGCUAUUCUGGCUACAUGUAAAGGCAGAGAAGCUCGGCAUGAACAAGUGGCCCGUAGGCGGUGCCCGUCUGGAGAAUAUCGGGAAUGUCGUCUAUGGUUUGAUGGCCAGCGUUAACCUCAUCGUGGUGGUGGAAUCCGUGAGGUCAAUAGUCUCGAAAGGGAACGAUGAGUUGAAAGAUUUUCAUCUUCCAUCUAUUAUUGCUGUAGCCGCUGCAUUGGGUGUUAAACUAAUGCUUUUCAUUUUGUGCUACCCAUUCCGAAAAAACUCUAGCCAAGUUGCUAUUCUUCGGGAAGAUCAUCGUAACGAUCUGUGGAUCAACACGUUUGGUAUCCUUGUGUCUACCGGUGGGAGUAAAUUGAGAUGGUACCUUGAUCCCAUGGGCGCUAUCAUCAUCGGCUUUGGUAUCAUUGUUUCGUGGACGCGAACCAUUUACCACCAAUUCGAAUUCCUGGCCGGAAAAUCAGCGCCGCACGAGUUCUUGCAGCUCCUUGUAUACAAGUCGAUGACAUUCAAUGUCGAAAUUGUGCAACUUGCCACUGUUCGCGCGUAUCAUAGUGGUCCCGACUACUUUGUUGAAAUCGACGUCGUGAUGGAUGGAUCGACGCCAUUGUCUCAGGCUCAUGAUAUCAGCCAGCAAUUGCAGGAUAAGAUUGAAGAGCUCCCAACUGUUGAAAGGGCGUUCGUGCAUGCCGAUUAUGAGGCGACGCAUUCACCGGAACACAGAAAGUCGACAUAACAGACAAAGUUCUGAUGCUGUUUCGAUGUUUCGAUGUGAUUUUAAUUUUGCUUAUAGGCCACGUAAUGGGCGAAGACGCGGGGGUAUAGUGUCCUACUGCUACGUACGUCUAUAUCGCUACUCGUUGUACUACUAAUCUACUGUUCGACUCUAUGGGAUGUGUAACUCUCGGGUAAAAUUCUAUGUGACUGUUUUUGGUCUCGUUGGGUGUUUCUCUAUGAGCGUAUCUCUGUACUUUCAUUGUAUCUCACUUCUAAUAUUGAUGGCGUUGAAAACCAAUUGGAGAAACCAGUUGUCCUGACAAUACUCAUGUCGUCAGGUCUGUGCUGUUGCGUUAUGCGGCGGUCUGAUUAGAACUUAUUUGGAUAAUACAAGGCCUUAUCCAUUG